UUAUAUCCUUAUCUCAACUCAACGGGUUAAAAUAAAAAGGCUGCUGAUGUUGCAGUUACCACACUCAGCAAGGUCAAAACCAGAACUCUAAUGGCGGCCAAGAGGAAGAGAGGAAAGCAUGUGUUCCCCUUACCAACCUGCUAGUCAUAUUUUUGACGUGGUUAGGGUUUUCAUCACUUUUGAUAUUUCCCUUUCUUCAAAACGUUGAAAUAAAUCUCUUUUAUAUAUAGACAUCCUCUAUUCAAGGCUUUUUGGUUUCCGUGUUUCGUUUCUUCUUUUCUCAAAAAGUCUUCAUCCAUCGUUCCCUCGAUUCUUGAAUCCAAAACACCAUUAUACAGACAUCUCGUCGUUUUAGAGGAUCUCUGGAAGCAUUUCGAGAUCUGUUUCCUGGAUUCCUUCUUCAUUUCUCAUCUUUUAUAGGUUUUCAAUCUCAGAACCCCUCGGUUUAAAGGUUAUAUGCGCAGAUAGAGAAGAGCUAAAGGGAGAGAAAGAGUUGCAUAGGGUUCUCUGACAUUGGUUCCCAUUGUUUGGCUCUAUAAAUGUUUCUCCGCCGCGUUCAAUGUCUCAUUAUCCUUGAAAGGACUCGUAUAUUUCUUUGAUUUGAGAAGAACCGUGCUGAAUAUUCGAUUUUCAUAUUCUUCUUGGGACAAGGUCAGAUCUAACAGAAAUGGGAAGUAAAUGGAGGAAAGCAAAGGUUGCUCUUGGAUUGAAUCUCUGCGUUUACGUUCCUAGAACUUUAGAUGAUGCUUCUCCCUCAGAUGAUGCUGCAGUAAGAUAUUCUGAGGUUUCUUCUCUUUCGCCAUCGGUUUCACCAGGGGCCAGAAGCUCGGAUUCUAGACCAGCAAUGCCCACUACCCCCACACCGUCUUCGUCUGGUCUCAGGUUGCCAAAAAGCAACAGCAGGUCUUUGAAGAAGACCUGUGCAAUAUGUCUGGCCUCCAUGAAACCAGGGCAAGGCCAUGCCAUUUUCACUGCAGAAUGUUCACAUGCUUUCCAUUUUCAGUGUAUUGCAUCUAAUGUGAAGCAUGGCAACCAAACUUGUCCAGUUUGUAGAGUGAAAUGGAAAGAAAUUCCAUUCCAAGGUCCAACUUCAGAUCACCCCCAUGGGAGGGCAAGAAUUAGUCCAGUAGAUUGGCCCCAAGAUGAUGCCUGGAUGACUGUAUUGCGUAGACUCCCUCCCCCACGACCAGACUCUCAUCGGCCCAUUGCAUCACUUUUCCAGGCUCCUGAGCCGAAUGUAUUUAAUGAUGAUGAGCCCUUGGAGCACCAUGCUGAUAUGGCACAGAUAAGAUCUUCCACCAGGGAUGCAUGUGACAACAACUGCGUUAGAACUGUAGAGAUGAAAACGUAUCCUGAAGUUUCAGAUAUUCCAAGGUCAAGCUCCAAUGAGAACUUCACCAUUCUGAUCCACCUUAAGGCUCCUGUUACAAGAACAGGCCAAAAUUCAGGCGGGGAUUUGGCUAACUUGUCAGCAGUUUCUCAACCUUCUCGCGCUCCAGUUGACCUUGUCACGGUGCUUGAUGUCAGUGGUAGCAUGGCAGGCACGAAGCUUGCAUUGCUGAAGCGAGCCAUGGGAUUUGUGAUACAAAACCUUGGUCCCUCUGACCGGUUAUCUGUUAUUGCUUUCUCGUCCACUGCACGUCGCCUUUUUCCUCUGCGCCAGAUGUCUGAAGUUGGACGGCAGCAAGCAUUGCAGGCUGUGAACUCUUUGAUUUCGAAUGGUGGGACAAACAUUGCUGAAGGCUUGAGAAAGGGUGCCAAGGUGAUGGAAGACCGCAGGGAGAAGAAUCCUGUUAGCAGUAUAAUUUUGUUAUCCGAUGGGCAGGAUACAUACACUGUCAGUGUCAGUGGCCCCUUAGGAGCCCGACCCCACCAAGAUUAUCAGUCACUACUCCCAUUGUCGGUACGUGGUGGUGGUAGUACUGGUACAGGGUGCCAGAUUCCAGUCCAUGCAUUUGGGUUUGGUGCAGACCAUGAUGCUGCCUCAAUGCACUCAAUCUCAGAGUCAUCCGGUGGCACCUUUUCUUUCAUAGAGGCAGAGGGUGUAAUCCAAGAUGCAUUUGCUCAAUGUAUAGGAGGACUCCUAAGUGUUGUGGUUCAAGAAUUGCAAGUUAGAGUCGAGUCUAUGCACCCAGGUACACGGGUUGGCUCGUUAAAAGCAGGAAGCUAUCCAAGUCGGGUGAUGGAAGAUGCACGUAUGGGCUUCAUUGAUGUUGGGGAUUUGUAUGCUGAUGAAGAGAGGGAUUUUCUGGUAUCAGUCAAUGUACCUGCAGUGGGUGGUUCCAAUAAGGAGAUAUCGUUGGUGAAGGUGGAAUGUGCUUAUAGAGAUCCAGUUUCGAAAGAAACAGUGCAUUUAGAAUUCAAGGAGGUUAGGAUUCAACGGCCUGAGGUUGCCGGACCACGGGUGGUGUCUAUUGAGGUGGACAGGCAGCGAAACAGGUUACAGGCAGCUGAAGCAAUAGCAGCUGCCCGAUCUGCAGCUGAACAGGGUGACCUAACUGGUGCAGUGUCAGUCCUUGAUAGGUGCCGUAAAGUAUUGUCGGAAACUGUGUCGGCACGAGCCGGUGACGGGCUUUGUGUUGCACUGGAUGCAGAGCUCAAGGAGAUGCAGGAAAGGAUGGCUAGCCGACGUGUGUAUGAAACAUCUGGGAGAGCAUAUGUUUUAUCCGGGUUGAGCUCACACUCAUGGCAGAGAGCAACUGCACGUGGUGACUCAACUGAUAGCACAACCCUGCUACAGUCCUAUCAGACACCAAACAUGGUGGACAUGCUCACCCGGUCUCAAACCAUGUUUCUCAGGGGUGCAUCAUCCCAGCCACCAGUGAGGCCAGCUCGGUCAUUCACUGCACAGCCGCGGCCAAGGUAAAAAAAAAAAAAAAUUACAAGAGAUGUGGUGGAAUUGGAAGUUAUAUUGAAAUCACGUAUGGGUGCCGCUUUGUUUUAUUUUAAUUUUGCUUUUUCAAGGGUUUAGGGGUAUAUAUGGAGAGACACAGAGGGGGAGGGGGGCUUUACAUGGUUGGGUGAUUCUUCCUUUUCCUGUAAAUGAAAUAAUAUUGGGUGAAUGAUUGGGAAGCUGGCUGGGGACAAAAGGAGACAAGAGAGAGAAAAGCGGGGGUGGUUUACAUACUUUUUUUUUGUUUUUAUGUUGUAUUGGGGGGGGGGGGGAUGAAUUAUGUACAUAAAGAGAGGGUGGGUGGAGGAGGAGAAAGAGUGGGGGUAUAAGGUCUGUAACUCUGGGGAUAAGAGGGGAUGCAUUCUACAUCUACACCUACACUUCUAUAAAUAUUAUCUGCUAUUGAUUCUUUUUCCAA